AUGUCUAAUUCACUUGAAAAAACAAUAGAGGACUUGAGUGUAAAAGUUUAUGACAUUAAUCAGUUUAAAAAUUUCACGAAAAAGAUCAAAAAUGACGUUGCAUUAAAAGUUUUCAAACAUAAUGACGUUGAAUCUAUAAAAGCAUUAGAGAAAGAGAUUAAAUUACACAUAAAAGUGGAUAUGAAUGAUAGAAUUAUAAGAUUUUAUGGAGUUACCAUAAGGCCAGUCUCCAUGUUUGAACUUGGCCAUAAAUAUGUGCUAGUAUUAGAACUAGCUAAUAAUGGAACGCUGAGGGAUUAUUUGCAAAAGAACAAAAGUCUUAAUUGGCAUAACAGGCUUCGUCUACCGCAAGAAUUAUCCAAAAAACAUAUAGAGCCUGACCACAUGCCAGAAAUAUACCCAGAUAAACGAUUAGAUCUAGAUGAACCAGGAUAUUCUAAAGAUUACUCAAUUAAUGAUUAUGAAAAAAUAAAGACAAUCAUGCCUUUUGAUGGAGGAAUAAAAAUUCACCAGCAAAUGAACCUAUUGAAAAAGUAA